UAUGGCGGCCUCCAUGCUAGGCUGUGUGUUGCGGACGUUCCGGCAGGUGGUUCCUUCAUCAACUUCAGGCCAAGUUCGAGGUUACUACGUAGACUGGAGAAUGUUGCGUGAUGUGAAAAGACGAAAAAUGGCCUAUGAAUAUGCAGAUGAGAGGCUGAGGAUCAACUCGCUCAGGAAGAAUACCAUCUUGCCAAAAUAUCUUCAGGAAGUAGCUGACGAAGAAAUUGCUGCCCUUCCCCGGGAUAGCUGUCCUGUUAGAAUCAGAAAUCGGUGUGUUAUGACAUCCCGUCCUCGUGGUCUAAAGCGGCGCUGGAGGCUUAGUCGUAUUGUCUUCCGUCACUUAGCAGACCAUGGACAACUUUCUGGGGUCCAGCGAGCAAUGUGGUGAAUCGGCUCCAGAACCUAGAGGUUUCAGGAAAGGCAGAAGAAACUUCUAAUAGAGGAAACUCCAGCUUUUAUAGGGGUCCACUGUAGUUGUCUGUUCUACUUGAUGCUGUCUAUAAUGAACCAAGGGCUGGUGGCUUAUGUCUCUAAUCCUAGCUACUAGGGAGGAUGAGAUCUGCUGGACUGCAGUUCAAGGCCAGCCCAAGCAAAUAGUUCAUGAGACCCCCCCCAUCUCCAAAUUAACCAGAGCCAAAUCUACUGGAGGUGUGCCUCAAGUGGUAAAGUGCCUGCUUUGCAAGAUGAAGCCCGGUUCAAACCUGUCCCACCAAGAAAAAAAAAAUAAAGAAAAAAAGUGAAUAAGUUUGGAUGUCUUAUGUCAGUGAAUUAUCUUUGCUCUGAUUUAAUAGACAUACUAUUCCUAUACAUGAUGUAAACAGUAAAA